AGCAAAAUAGAAUGUCAAGUUGGGCUGAGGCCGCAGACGAGCAAGAGAAGCUACUCUCGAGGCUCACUGGCAAGGUGUCCGGGGUUACCAUCGAUGGGUCCGGAGACGCUGAUCCUAGCGGCUACCGCGAAGAGUCCAGCGGCGCUGGUAGCGAACCAGUGCCUUCAGAACAUGAGCCCGGUAAGUAUUGCGAAGAGUGUUUUCGUGAGCGAGACGACAACGUGGUUACACUACACACUCCUCGUUUCAGUGGUCACCCCGGCGGAGAUAUCACUGAUGCGGAAAAUACUCCGGUCGCGUCUUGUGCACACAUCACACGCUGUGGAGGUCCAGUACAAAGACCCCAAGUCGCCGCUGCACUCCAUCACGACGUUUGAAGAUUUGAGGCUGCGCCCUGAACUGCUGAGAGGCGUGUAUGAUUGUGGCUUUGACAAGCCAUCAAAGAUCCAAGAGACAGUUCUACCAAUGUUGUUGGCUGACCCUCCACUGAACAUGAUUGCCCAGUCACAGAGCGGCACGGGAAAAACUGCCGCCUUUAUUCUGGCCAGCUUAAGUCGAGUGGACGAGACGCAGCGGUACCCACAAGUGCUGAUCCUGUCACCCACGUACGAGCUGGCCGUUCAGACUGGCAACGUGGCCAAGAAGAUGGCAGCAUGGUGCCCACGUAUCACCUUCUCCUAUGCCGUCCGCGGAAAUAACUACUCGCGAGGAGAAAAGAUACAAGACCAAGUAAUCUUAGGCACACCUGGAAAAAUAGUUGACUGGGCCUUCAAGUUCAAGUUCUUUGAACUGUCACGCAUCAAAGUCUUUGUGCUGGAUGAGGCCGACAUCAUGAUAGCCAUGCAUGGACAUCAUGACCAGUGCAUACGCGUCCACAAGCGGCUUUCUCCCAGCUGUCAAAACAUGCUCUUCUCAGCCACAUAUGGCAAGGAUGUGAUGGAGUUUGCUGAAAUGAUCAUCUUCAACCCCGUGGUGAUCCGGCUGCGCAAGGAUGAGGAAAGCCUGGAGAAUGUCAAGCAGUACUAUGUGGUGUGCUCGAGCAAAGAAGAAAAGUUCUGGGCCAUUUCAAACAUCUACGGUGUGCUGGCCAUUGGGCAGACCAUUAUAUUCUGCCACACACGUCAGGAAGCUGACUGGCUGGCCAGAAAACUGACAGAGGAGGGUCAUGCUGUGGGAAUGCUCUCUGGUGACCUCACCAUUGAAGAGCGUAUUGCUGUACUGAAAGACUUCCGCCUCGGCAAAAAGCGUGUCCUCAUCACCACCAAUGUCUGUUCCAGGGGCAUCGACGUGGAGCAGGUGACCAUGGUUGUAAACUAUGACCUUCCUGUUGACAUGAAGGGCCAGGCCGAUUGCGAAACAUACCUGCAUCGCAUUGGGCGCGCAGGCCGUUUUGGCAAGUCAGCAAUUGCUGUCAGUAUGGUGGAGGGCAACCAAAACUUGGCAGUCCUGAAACAGAUUCAGGAGCACUUUGGGCGGCCAAUUCGGAAUCUGGAUACGGAAGACCUUGACCAAUUGGAAAACAUUCAGCAGUGAGCAAAAGAACCAACCCACCAUGGUCUCCAGGAAGUGCUUCAUUUUGUAACUACUGCACCAUUUACACCUUGGCCAUU